CAAAAGUAGAUCUAGCCAAUUUAGGAGGCUGGGCAACUGGUCCAUUCCAUGAGAAACUAUUCCUAUUUCAAGUGUUCAUCUUCAGCUUUUUUACAUCUGAAUUGGAAGAACUUGCCAAUUGCCCAGCAUUCUGGAUGAUUUAA